AUGGGCAAUUUCUUGUUGACACCGGCUGAAUGGAUUCUGAAGGUGUCUAUUUCGCAUCCUGUUCGGCGUCUCAUUUUAACAAUGAUUUUCCUCACGUCUUUGAGACAAACAUUUUCACAUCCUCAGUGUUUGGACUACCAACCUCCUUUUAAACCCUUUGCUCAUCUUGAAUUUUGCAACCAGUACGAGAAAUUUGGUUGCUGUGACCAAAAAAACGACAACCUAAUUGCGGAGAGGUACUGGGAUAUAAUGGAUUUACUUGGUGAUGAAGGCUAUGAACUUUGCGGUAAUUUAGUGAAGGACAUCCUGUGCCAGGAAUGCUCCCCAUAUGCUGCCCACCUGUAUGAUGCUGAGGACCCCUACACUCCAGUGCGCCAUCUCCCAGGACUGUGCUUUACCUACUGCUCUGACUUCCAUAUUAAGUGCCAUUUUGUAGUCAAGUACUUGACUGACAGUAAGAUUUUGCUGCAGUCAUGUGACCAAGACCGUUUACGCUUCUGCAAUUUGAUCAACCUGGCAGACCAGGAUUACUGCUACCCCAACGUGGUAAAAAACAACGAUCUGUACAGUAACUUGGGCAAAGUGGUGGAGGACCCAAAGGGUUGCCUCCAGCUGUGCCUGACAGAGGUGGCCAAUGGGCUGAGGAACCCAGUGCUGAUGCUCCACAGUGGUGACGACACCUACCGCAUGUUCGUGGCUGAGCAGCUGGGCUUUGUCUGGGUGUUCCUGCGGGAUGGCAGCCGCGUCGAGCACCCCUUCCUUGACUUGAGUGGGGAUGUGCUGACCACUCCAUGGCUGGGUGAUGAGCGCGGCUUCCUGGGUAUGGCCUUCCACCCACAGCACAGAAACAACGGCCGCUUCUUCAUCUACUACUCCAUCCUGGUCAACAGCCAGCUAGAGAAGAUUCGCAUCAGUGAGAUGAAAGUUUCAGCCCAUGACAUGAAUAUGGCAGACCCCAACUCAGAGAGAAUUCUGCUUGAAAUUGAGGAGCCAGCUGCAAACCAUAAUGGUGGACAGCUUUUGUUUGGCCUGGAUGGAUAUCUUUACAUCUUCACUGGAGAUGGUGGAAAAGCAGGGGACCCUUUUGGAAAUUUUGGAAAUUCCCAAAACAAAUCAACUCUGCUGGGCAAAGUUCUUCGCAUUGAUGUAGAUGGGAGCAGUGAAGAUGGAAAGCCCUACAAGAUACCUCCAGAUAACCCCUUCAUUAACCAACCCGAUGCCCGGCCUGAGGUCUAUGCCUUCGGUGUGCGGAAUAUGUGGCGCUGCUCAGUGGACAGGGGCCACCCAGUGAGCAGCUAUGGCAGAGGAAGGAUUUUCUGUGGUGACGUUGGGCAGAACCGCUACGAAGAGAUCGACAUUAUUGUGAAAGGAGGAAACUACGGCUGGAGAGCUAAGGAGGGCUUUGAAUGCUUUGAUAUAAAAUUAUGUCAAAACUCCUCACUAGACGACAUUCUUCCCAUUUAUGCCUAUGGCCAUGAUGUGGGAAAGUCAGUGACCGGGGGCUAUGUUUACAGAGGAUGUCAAUCCCCCAACCUAAAUGGCCUUUAUAUCUUUGGAGACUUUAUGAGUGGACGAUUGAUGGCUCUAGAGGAGGACAGUAGUAGUGGGAGCUGGAAGGAGAGAAACGUCUGUAUGGGGGAUGUUCAGACCUGCUCCUUUCCUGACCUUAUCAAUCACCACCACAAGUUCAUCAUCUCCUUUGCGGAAGAUGAAUCUGGAGAGCUGUAUUUUCUGGCAACCUCAUACCCAAACACAAUAUCCCCAUUUGGAACGAUAUACAAAUUUAUGGACCCAUCCAGGAGAGCACCUCCAGGAAAAUGCAAGAUUAAGCCACGUCCAGUGAAAGUAAAAGGCAAGAAGGUGCCAUUUGUACCCCGAGAAUUGACCGUCCUGGACACAAGCAUAAUACCAACAAGGCCACCACUUAAAGGGAUGAAAUUCACCACAGAACCAACAGUUACCAGGCUACUCACAGUAUCUACCACAGCUAUGUCAAAACAAAAGAUGCUGAUUGGGACAAUUUCAAAGAAAUCACAACACGUGAAGGAAAAGAAGGCACCUUUGUUGAAGCUGAAACCAAAGGGCAAAAAUGCCAGUGUAAUGGCAAAAAAGAAGGCCCCUCCCCAUCAGAAGAACACCUUACAACCCACGAAGAAUGUUGUUAAUGUGGAUGAAAAAAAUGUUGAAACCUCUUUGAAAGGUUCUCAUAAAGGACAAAAAAUUAAACCCAUAAAACCAGUAAAACCAACAAAGCUAACAAAAAAGGAUAUUAAAAGUAUCACAGCAAAGAAGACUAAAAAGACCAAGGAAGGUAAAGUGAAGCCUAAAACCAAGGCUCAGAGUCCCCAAAAGCCUGUGGCUCGUCCCAGAGAGUCAGACAACGAAACAAAGCAACCUGUCACUCCUAAACCUCAGAAAGGGUCCAGACAACAACAAAAAGCUGCAGGAAAGCUCACUCCAAACAAAGGAUGA